UCAGCGGUGGGAUCUCGAAUUGAAAGUUUCAGAGACAUGUUCGUCGGUGCGCUGGAUCGCGGCCCUGGUGGUGCCGGUGGCGAUCGCCCACCACGGCCUGAGGAAGGGCAGCCUGGACAGGAGCGGCGCCGCCGCCGGGUUUUUAGUCGGCUUUUUGCUCACUCUGGCCAACUGGACGUUCCUGGUUAUGCUUCUCACAUUCUUCCUCUCAUCAUCGAAGGCGACCAAGUUCAGGAGUAAGCAAAAACAAAAGUUUGAAGAUGAUUUUAAAGAAGGCGGGCAGCGCAACUGGCGCCAGGUGCUCUGUAACGGCGGAGCGGCCGCUCAGUUCGCCUGCCUCUACAUGAUCGAGUGCGGCUGCCACGAGCACCCCAUCGACUUCCACGAGCACUUUCACAGCUCCGUGCUCGCCCUAGCCGUGCUCGGGUCGCUGGCGGCGGCUAACGCGGACACGUGGGCGUCCGAGCUGGGGACGGUUCUGGCGCGGGGUCAGCCGCGACUCAUCACUAACCUGCGAAAAGUGCCCACCGGCACCAACGGCGGCGUCUCGGUGGCCGGGACGCUGGCCAGCCUGCUGGGCGGCGCGCUGGUCGGGCUGGCCUGCUGGCUGACGCAGCUGGCGGCGCUGGGCGACCGCUCGCUGGCCACCCGGCCGCCCCAGUGGCCGCUGGUGACCGUCGGACUGCUGGCCGGACUGCUGGGCAGCACCGUCGACUCGCUGCUGGGAGCCACGCUGCAGUUCUCGGGUGUGACCGAGAAGGGAGUGGUGGUGGAGCGUCCCGGGACCGGUGUGCGCCCCAUCAGCGGCCGCCCGCUGCUGGACAACCACUCUGUGAACCUGCUGAUGACCAUCGUCACUGGGUGUUUGACGCCGCUGCUGGCGCACUCCCUCUGGCCGGCCGGACUCCUCUGACGGGCGCCGAGGGAAUACUGCUGAUGUAGCACCUCUGACGGGCGCUGAGGAAAUACUGCUGAUGUAGCACUGCUGAGGGAAUGCCAACAUUGACGGAUCUUCAACGGGCCGUUGACGAGUGACGUAACUGACGGAACGCUGGCGGAACACCCAAAACACUGACGGAACACACAGAACACUGACGGAACACACAGAACACUGACGGAACACACAGAACACUGACGAAACACACAGAACACUGACGAAACACACAGAACACUGACGAAACACUACUGAUACACCACUGACAGAACAUCAACAAAACAUUGACGCAACACUGACGUAACAUGACUGACGUAUCACUGACGUAACACCGCUGACACUCUGAUCGGGUACUGACUGAGCACAGGCGGAGGCUCGGGUACCUCAGCCUCUUCGCUUGACAGCUGGUAAUGGCCACCGACACUGGAAACACUCUGAUUCGUUCUCAAAAAAGUUAAUUGUUUUCAAAACGGGUUUCGCUGAGGAAAAAUAUUUGGUUAUAAUAUUUAGUUUUCCUCAGCGAAGCCCGUUUUGAAAACAAUUAACUUUAACUAAGAGAUUAACUAAGAGAUCUAUUAACCUGAGGAAAAGAAUAAUGACGCUUCGGCAGCUCUGAUUCGUAUAAAGAUGUUAUUUACUGAGGCCGUUUAACCGACUCGUCCGCCGUAAGAUAUCCCCCUGUCCGUUUAUGGCACAUUAUGAUAUUCAUGCUUGUUCGGUGGUAAUACCGACACGUUAGCACUGCGAACCGUCAGAUCAACUAUAGGUAGUGGGCUGUAGGGAUAGAUGGUGUGUUUACUUAGCAUUUAGUGUCCCAUUGUAAUAACACCUGUGUCAGGUUUUAUAUAUUUUCAGCAAUCAGUUGGAACACGAUGAGCAUGAAUCCUUCCAACGCCCACAAGAUAGUUGCUUUGGUGAUUGCGAUACUUGCUUAGCGAUACUGCAAACUCCGUGGACUGUCCACACACCGCUGGACCCCACGUUCGGAGUUUUACGGGAUGGCUUCCUCCCACAAUGAUUGUAGUUUACACCAGCGUUCCCAUUGAAUGGUAUUCGCUUCCACCGCUCCCUGCCUGAGUGGCGCGAGAUCUAUAGUAGUAGUGCACGUCUUAGUGUGACAAUGCGACUCAAAUGAUAGUCUUUCUUAGUACGACCCUCCCUAUGUCGCUUUUCAAAGGAUCACGAGAACCGUCGUUAUGGAAGGGUCGCUCCUCCAUCAUCGAUCGUAAUUUCGCUGAAUAAUGCCAAUGAAGAAUAAUAAAGGGAUGGCUGCUCGUCUUAAGCAGAGCGUAAGAAAGGGCGGUAGCAGUAUUUCAGCAAUGGCCCAUUCAUUUUUUAUGGUAUCAGUGAUACCAAUGAUAAUCAUUUCAAUAAUCAGGGAUCAACAUCAAUUAUAAUUAUUGUAAGUGGAUGGGUGUAGCAUUAGGGGAGAUACAUGAAAACCAACUCCAGCCGGGACUAGCCGGGAAUAGAGGAUCCGUCUACUUGUAAAAUAGAUACCUAUGUUUCAUUUGUCUGCUUUGGCUGAGUGCAAUGUUUCCGCUACAUAUGGGUGGUAUUUUGUUAUGCGUUUUUCGACCCUUGGGAAGAACGUUGUAGCUGUGUAGUGCUGGUGUCAUCUGAUAAGCUUUUGUUUGCUACCUUGUUGGUGAUGUGUUUUAUUGUUAUCCUGUACCUAUGGAAAGGCGGAGAAUACACGAUCACUGCUUCACGUG